CACCCUUAUUUAUUGCUUCUUCAACUUUGCCAUUCCUUUCCCCUAUAUAUAUCCUUCAUUAUCUUCUUCAAUCCACCCUUCAAUAUUCUUAUGUUCUUCUUCUAUUCAAAACAAAGUUAAUUUCUACAGAGUUUUCAUGCCAUGGGAGACAGAGCUCGUCGUAAGGGCAUCCUCCAAAGUGAAGCUCUUCACCAGUACAUCUUAGAGACUAGUGCUUACCCAAGAGAGCAUGAGAUGCUCAAGGAGAUCAGAGAGGAGACCAUUAAGAAGCAUGGCAUUUGGAGUGGCAUGUUAGUUCCAGCUGACGAAGGACAGUUCUUAUCCAUGCUUUUGAAGAUCAUGAAUGCCAAGAACACAUUGGAGAUUGGCGUUUUCACUGGUUAUUCUCUCCUACUUACUGCUCUUGCAUUGCCAAAUGAUGGUAAGAUAACAGCGAUUGACAAAAAUAGAGAGGCCUAUGAGACCGGUUUGCCGUUCAUUCAAAAAGCUGGUGUGGAACAUAAAAUCAACUUUAUCAAUUCAAAUGCUCUAUCAGUUUUAGAUGAAAUGCUGAAUACCAACAAUGAUGAGGUAACUGGAAUGCAGUUAUUUGACUUUGCAUUUGUGGAUGCUGAUAAACCUAAUUACAUUAAUUACCAUGAACGAUUGAUGAAGUUGGUAAAGAUUGGAGGAAUCAUUGCCUAUGAUAACACAUUAUGGUAUGGCUCAGUUGCUGUUGAUGAAGAGGAUGUUGAUGAUUCCAAUGAGAUUUUCAAGAAAUUUAGAAAGGCUAUCGUGGAUUUAAAUACUUUCUUGGCUUCUGAUCCUCGUAUAGAAUUAUCUCAAGUUUCUAUUGGUGAUGGCAUUACCUUGUGCAGACGCAUUCGCUAGAAAUGUUUUUCUUAUAGACUAUAAAUAAUGGAGUUUGUAUGGGACUAUACUUGUUUCCUGUUUUUUUUUUCAACCAGAUAAGAAUGUCGUUUAUGGAUUUGAAUGAAAAACAUGUUUUUGAGUGAA